AGCUUUGACUUAAAUGCGUUAAUUUUAAUUUCACAUUCGGCUUCCACUACUUUUUUGGUCUCAAAAAAAAUUUUUUUCUAUGCAAAGAAAUGCUUUUUAAGUCAAUCGAGACUUUUCGUUAGUACAUGCAAUACUGUUAGAAACUGUUUGGCUCCUGCUUCAAAAUUCCACGUUAAUUGUACGGAGCAACCGGCUGCAUUGGUAACUAGACCACCCAUCCACCCACCAAUCAAGCACCCUUUUCGGGAGAAGGGGCAAGGUCACUGGACACGGAUACUGUUAGGGAUACGCAGACGCAGAAGGACAUUCAUCCACGGAGUUAGCGGAGAAGAUUAGGAGCAGUAGCCAGCAGUAUGACCACGCAGAACACCACGCCGGCAGGAUUCACCGGAAACCGCUACUACAACCCCGUCUCAAAGAUCCAGUCGCUCAUCCACAACCUGGACGCGGAGCUGGUCCAGCUGUGCAAGCAGUGCACCGUGCAGAAGCCGCUGAAUAGCCUCAAUAACAGCACCAACCUUGGCAGUCACUUCUCGAGUUACGGAGCACUGGGUGGUGGCGGUGGGUCCAAAACCAUGGGCGGCAGCAGCAGCAUGGGUAGCAAUCACUUCGCUCCCGACAGUAUUGGCAAUCUUUUGGCCCGUGUCCGUGCCUCAAGUCCGUUGCCCAGGACCAUGCCCAGCUCGCCCACGGCGCCGGAAGCCCAAAAGCGUCAGAUGCGUAAUGUCUACCGCACCCGUGUGAUCGAUGCGUACCGUAAUCGGCGUAUCUUCACCGUAUACGGCAACUACCACACGGUUAGACGGGCUCUGAUGCGAAGGGGCUGGCUGGAGAAGCUACCGGCCUCGCGGCACGCCAAGCUGCAGAGCAUGUCCGAGGAUGCCCUGCUGGAGCACGCCCGGCGGGGCAACGACUACGAGGCGGUAGUCAUCUCCAAGAUGAUCAACCAUUUCCCGGCCUUCUUCAUAUGGCAGGGCAAGGGGCAGCGUGAUCUAUGCGCCGAGGUAAGACCCUUCCGGAACCGUGUGCGGCGCAGCCAGUUCCUGGACUUCUCCACCAAGGUGGGUCUGGUGGGCUGCGCCGAGCAGGAGCGCUGGUAUCGCGAGGACGGCGUCUGCGGCAUGAGCUAUCCGCGCUUCUAUCGCCUGGGCGGGAACAAUCUGGAGGAGCGCAUGGCCUUCAUAGAGGACUACCAGCAGACGCAGGCCCGCUCCCUGCUGCUCUAUGUGCGGGAGCACCAACCGGCGGAGCUGAUCAGCGAUAACGGCACCAUAUUCAGCACCACUCUGGACUUUGCGCUCGGAAAGGUCAAGAAGAUGGUGCGCCACGCGGAGCACUACUCCCUGGACGAUGCACGCAUCAAGCCGCCGACUCCGGCGGAGAUCGUUGAGAAUCAGACCUUCAUGGUGCAGUCCACCGAUGUGCUCAAGUCCAAUGCCAAGUUCAAGGUCAGCGAGAAAGUGAUGGCUGAGUACGCCCGUUUGGCGGGCCUGUAUCUCGACCAGAUUGAGUCCCUUCGCCCGGACUACCGUUGGGAUGGCAGCCGCAACCUGUGGAUACUCAAGCCCGGAUACCAGUCGCGUGGCAUCGGCAUUGUAAUCCGCAGCUCCCUGGACGACAUUCUGCAGUGGACCUCCAACAAUCAGAACAAGAAAUACAUUGUCCAGAAGUACAUAGAGCGACCCCUGCUGAUCUACCGCACCAAGUUCGACAUCCGGCAGUACAUGCUGCUGACCAUCACGGACACCAAGGUGAGCAUCUGGACGUAUCGCGACUGCUACCUGCGCUUCAGCUCGCAGGAGUUCACCAUGGACGACCUGCGGGAGUCCAUCCACCUGACCAACAACUCGGUGCAGAAGCGGUACAAAAACAAGACCAACCGGGACGCGCGCCUGCCCAAGAAUAACAUGUGGUCGCUGGAUCAGUUCAAGAACUACCUACGCAUAAUGGGUGCUCCGGACGGAUCGUGGUCGAAGACCUACAACGGAUUCAAGCAGAACCUGGUGGCCGUGGUGAUGGCCAGUCUGGACGAGACGGAGUUGUUGCAGAACGCCUUCGAGCUUUACGGUUGCGACUUCAUGCUCGACGAGCACUACAAUCCCAUUCUCAUCGAGAUCAACUCGACGCCGGAUCUAUCGCCAUCCACGGAGAUAACGGCCAGGAUAUGCCCGAUGGUUCUGAAGGACUGCAUCCGCGUGGUAGUGGAUCUGCCCAAGAACCCCACCGCCGCCACCGGAAACUUCGAGCUCGCCUUCGAGGUGAACUACAGCAUAAACAAGGGGGCGGAUGGCAAGCCGCUGGAACUGAAUGGCAAACAGAUGACCUUGUUCGAAAAUAUGCCCAGGGUGCGGAACAGCCCCAGGACGCGGCUCCUGCGCAAGAUUCUGAACAAUGUGAAGACCUCAACCACUAAGAAGGUCGAAAAGGUCUUGGAGGCUCCACCUAAAAAUGUGAAGACUCCCACUACCAAGAUCACCAAGAAAAAGAAACUAUCUGCGUCAGCUGGAAGCUCGACGGCAGCCUCUGCCCAGCCAUCAACGCAGAAUUUGACAACCAAGUUGAUUCUAAAUCCAACAACUCGGGAAAAUCUUGCCCUGCAAUAUACUGCUCCAAAGUAAAUUGGCUAAAUUGAACUUCCUUUUGUGCGGAAUGGAAAACCCUUUUUUUUUUGACA